AGAGGAGUAAAACUCACAGCCCAGCUCCACAGCAGGUCUGAGAAAUCCCUAAUUCACGUCAAGAUUUUUAAUGGUUGAGAACAGAUGGGCAUAUAUUAAAUUCCUGUUGAUUUGCAAAGCCACUCUGAAUGCAGAAGGAAUAAGAUCUAUUUUGAUACCUGCUCCAAAGGGAAUGAGGUAUGGCUGCUCAGCCAGAAGAAUCAGAUCCUGAACUUGAACAUAAGGAUAGGACUGCAGCAGAGAUGGAAAGCAAUCAGGGGGAUGAUGAACUGCCAUGUCCUAGUAAUUACACUUCUUGGAAGGAGUGCUUUCAUGAAAAGGUACAACAAAGGUGUCUGAGUCUGCAGGAGACCAAGGUGAGGUUGGUUCAAGCACAAAAAGCAGAAGAAGCAAAGGUGAGGAGGAGAGAACCUGGGGACUGGCUGGCCAGAGAGUGGUACAACGAGGAGAAGGAGACCCUCGAUACUCGCCUCUAUCUGCUCGACAGCCUCCUCCCUACACUAAUCCCAGGAGUAGAACAUUUGUUAAUGGAGGUGGAAAGAAACCAUGUGCUUGUAUCAGACGAAAAACCAACCAGAUUUAACCCUGUUAAUCAUCUUGGAGAGUACCUGAUGAGGCAUAACCCUCAGUAUAAUGUUCCUACGAAACCAGGCCCAUACCUGAGAGAAAUGAAGGUGGUUUCUGAGGACCUCAAAUCUUUGAGGCCAGGUACAUCACAGAGGCUGAUCCAGAUGAGGGCUGAGGCAAAGAACAAACGUGAGGAAAGGGAGGAGGUGGAAAGACAGAAGGCUGAGGAGACAGCGAGGAGAAAGGCGGUGUUGGCAGCUCUGUUCAAGGAGUGGACAGUGGAUGGUGAUUACAGAAUCCCAGCAGCACUGGUUCAGAGUACGGUGCGGUUUUUUCCAGAUGUCACUGAUUCUAUUCCUGAAGAUAUGAGAAAAGCAACCCAUGAAAGGAAGCUGAAAAUCUUAAAUACACUGGAAAAAACAGUAAACAUAAAUGAGUUCACAAAGCUUGUCCUUUCCUACACUGAACAUGUUUCAAGUGACAAAUUCCAAGAAAUCAUGGAUUAUCUCCAUAAAUGUGCUGCGGACUUCCAAGAAGCAACAAAACAUGACACGCAGAGGCAAAUUUUCACUAACCUCUUCAAAGUUUGUGAUUAUAGAAAGGUUGGUGUUUUGGAUAGACAAAAAAUACUGGCCCUGCUGAGAGACUUCUACGACGGAAGUGUCAUGAUUGAUGAGCGGGAAUUUUGGAACCCCAGAGAAUGGCCAAUAAUUGAGCUGCAAGAUAUUAAACUUAUGGAUUUCUGGGGAAACCUUGGUGACAAGAAAGUUUAUGAGGAACCCAGUGAAAAUUUGGUCUUGUCUCAAACAGAAAUUUCUGAGGGAGAGAUUUUAGGACAUGAACCUGUAGAUGAUGAUAGGCAAGAGACUGACAGAAUGAGCACCAGUGUUACAGAGGGAUUUGUUGAAGCUACUGAUUUGGAUGGAGAUACCAUUUACAGUGAGAAAUCCACCCAUGAAGACACCAAAACUGAGAGGGAGGCUGAACCUGAAACUGUAGUCAGACAGGAGGAAGCUCUCCCAGGAUCAGCCUCUGCUGAGAACAGUCUCAGUAUAGAUGGGGAACCUGGAUCAGGAAAAUCAGAGGAAUCCAUCCUGGGUAGAGAGCCUGAGAUAGAAACAACACCAGAGGGAGAUCACACCUCAGCCACAGAACCUGAAUCAGGAAAAUCAGAGGAAUCCAUCCUGGAUAGAGAGCCUGAGAUAGAAACAAAACCAGAGGGGGAUCACACCUCAGCCACAGAACCUGAAUCAGGAAAAUCAGAGGAAUCCAUUCUGGAUAGAGAGCCUGAGAUAGAAACAACACCAGAGGGAGAUCACACCUCAGCCACAGAACCUGAAUCAGGAAAAUCAGAGGAAUCCAUUCUGGAUAGAGGGCCUGAGAUAGAAACAAAACCAGAGGGAGAUCAUACCUCAGCCACAGAACCUAGAUCAGAAGGGCAAGUUAGUCAAGAGGACAGUGGGGUUACAGAGACAGCACCUGAAGCUACAAGCACAGCCUCAGGAGAUGGAGCUGUGACAGACAUGGAUGUCACUGAUUCCCAACAGGACACUCCAGCUGCAGAGGCUGUGCAAGAAGCCCCUGCAAGCAACCAGAGCCAGUCUGACCAAGAGACAAGCUCAGGGACAAGACUGCAGGGUGAGGACCUUCUGCCUGACCGGGGUAAAGACUCAGGUCCCAGCGUGGCAAAGAUUCAGAACCGUCAGGAUUCUUGUACUAAGAGUUCCUUUGCUGCAAGCUGCCUCACCCUGCCACAGUUUGUGCAGCUCAUGGACAAUUUUGUUGGUGAAGGCAUUUCUCUGCCUAUUGUGAAGAGGCUUACUGCAUUUAUCAAACAAGAAUACAAACAGACAGAAGAGGAAAGAAAGAAACUACUAGAAAAAGUUCAGCGCAUGUCUCACAUGACCCAAAGGAGGGUGCUUUUGGAGGCACUUUUUGAAAAGUGGGACAGCAGUGCAUGUGGGUCUCUGGACCUGGAAGAGGUGGUUGCUGUUCUGAGAACAUUCAAGGGAGGCAUGGGAAAACAGGCCUUGAUGAAGGCAAGGGAACAGCUUUGCUCCCAAUACCCACAGCUCAGUAGAGUGGGGAAGCUCUCCCCAAAGGCAUUGCAGACCUUCCUUGAGUUAAUUGCUGCCACGUUCCCUGGCAAUGAGGAUGAGACUUUUGAUAACUUGGUGAGAUUCCUGACCACAAGUGUGGAACAAAGUGUGGAACAAAGUGUGGAACAAAGUCACACCAAGAGCUUGCAAAGCUCAGCCAGGAGGAAAUGGCUGCAGGAUAUCCAGCAAGCGGCUGAGAGCAGCGUAACAAGCUUGGAACCAGUGUACAAAGCAGUGAUUAAGGCCCUGUCCCAGGACAUGGAAGCCCAUGGGGAUAACAAGAGGAUCAGUGCAUAUAUUGCCUUUUUGGAAGAGAACCAGCUCCCCCCAGAGCAGGGAGAGAUUCUCCUGCGCUACGUGGCCUGUACUGCAGAUGAUGCUCCCCUUGUCCUAAACCAAGAACUGCACAGAGACAUGAAAGGAAUCAGCUUUGCAGCCAUUGACCAGGGAAAGCCAAUCCAUGUUCCAAGAGUUCAGCUCCAUGGAAACAUUCACUUCUGGAACUCUGACCGCCCUGUGGAGGAGAGUAUAGGUUCAUUCCUGGUGCUGCCCCUGUAUGAUGCUCAUUGGAGAGUUUUUGGCAUUCUAGGACUUGACACUCUUCGGGACCACUCUGAGAAAUCCUUCUUCCAGAUGCAUGAGAUCACUUUCUAUCAGGGAGUUUGCCAUGCAUUCAGCAAAGCCUACCACUACAUCUGUGUGCGGGAAAAUGUCCUACAAGUGGCUGUCACUGCUCUGGACUGGCUGUACCCCAGGACACCCAGCAUCCACGCUGUCACAACCUACCUGGUGGCACCUGGCAAAGACGAGGAAUAUGCUCUGUGCAAGGUGAUCACUACAGAUAACACAGGACAAAAGGAAAUCCCCAGCUCUCCUGUUGUUCUCCUCAGAGAGGAAAACCUCCUCAGAGAUUACCUGUUCAAGUGCACAGAGAGCUCAGAGGUCACUCUCACUUCUGUCUAUGGAGAACACCACAUUGCAGUGCCUCUCCAUGACCUAUCAAGACAAACUCUUGCCAUAUUUGAUAUCAGCAUCGGACAGCACAAGAAAUUACCUCCUGAGGAACAGAAAAACCUGCAGAGAAUGCUAAAGAUGGCCCAAGCUGCCUGCUCGGAGAUCCUGCAGAGGUCUCUAGAGGAAACAGAACCAACACAAGUGCUGGAGGCAGAACGUGUGGCAAAUGUGAGGCACGGAGGGAUUCUGUUCUACCGGUUCAUGCUGCAGGAGCUGCGUGAGUGUGUCCAGGAACUCAGUGCCAAGAGCUUUGCUGGAAUAAAGAGCUGUGCAGAACCCCCAGCUCUGGUACAUGAUGUAGUUAAAGCUGUGCUGCUGCUUUUGCAUCCAGACUGGAAGGAAUCAGAGGAGACUGAGAGCUGGAGUCAGUGUAAACUGAAACUUAAUGACAAUUUGAUUCAGGAGAUUUAUUGCUUUGAUCCAACUGCUUCAUCUGUGCAAGUUCAAGCAGAGCUGCUGCUGGAGCUCAUCUCUGAUGUCCCUCAAGCAGAGGUGUGGCAGCAGGACUCUGCUCCAGCUGAAUACCUGUACCAGUGGUUUCACACCUGCCUGGCGCUCGUGGACAUCACAAAGAGCCAAAACACUGAAAUAAAACAAACUUAGCCCCUUUUGGCAUCCAGUUCUAGU